AUGAAGUUGAAGAUGGCAGUACGGGCGGCGCAAAUUUCAACUCUCGUGGAAGAGAUAGCUAAUGAUCCGAAUUUGAAGGAAGAUUUGAAAAUUGUGAGCGGAAAAUUGCUUUCUUUUUUCAAAUAAACCUUGCAGCUCCCUUCAAACUACACUUUCGAAGUUCCGAAAACAAUUUGGAAGAUCCGCUCGACGAAUAGCACCUACGUGGCACUUCAAUUCCCGGAAGGACUUAUCAUGUACGCGUGCGUCAUCGCCGAUAUUCUGGAGAAGUACACGGGCUGCGACACUGUCAUCAUGGGCGACGUCACGUACGGAGCGUGCUGUGUCGACGACUACACCGCCAAAUCGAUGGGAUGCGAUCUACUGGUGCACUACGGACACUCGUGUCUCGUGCCCAUUCAGAACACCGACGGAAUUGCGAUGCUCUACGUUUUCGUCAAUAUUCACAUCAAUCUUUCGCAUUUAAUCGACUGUGUUCGCGAGAAUUUCCAGGUGCGAUUGAGCUGAGCAAAGCAGUUUAAGUUGGUUCUUCAGGGAAAACGUCUUGCCGUCGUGAGCACUGUCCAGUUCAUCCCUUCGCUCCAAACCCUUCGUACAACCUUCAACACUCCCGAAGACAGUUCCAUCCACAUCGACAUCCCGCAAUGCAAGCCUCUUUCCCCGGGAGAAGUGCUCGGAUGCACGUCUCCGCGCCUCGACGCCUCCAAAUUCGACGCGAUUGUCUAUCUCGGCGACGGUCGAUUCCAUCUCGAGUCCAUCAUGAUUCACAAUCCGUCCAUCGAAGCAUUCCAGUACGAUCCAUACUCACGGAAGCUCACACGCGAGCGAUACGAUCAUGAUUUGAUGCGGAAGAACCGGUUGGGCGCGAUUGACAUUGCGAAGAGGUGUCGGACGUUCGGAUUGAUUCAGGGAACGCUCGGAAGGCAGGGAAAUCUGAAGGUGAUCGAAGAGCUCGAAGUGCAGUUGGAACGGAAGGGAAAAAAGUACCUGCGAGUGCUGCUCUCCGAGAUUUUCCCAGAAAAACUGGCGAUGUUCCCGGAGGUCGACUGCUGGGUCCAGGUGGCGUGUCCCCGAUUGUCCAUCGACUGGGGAACUCAGUUCCCGAAACCGCUCCUUUACCCGUUCGAGUUGGCGGUUGCCCUUGAGAAUGUAAGCCUCCCGAAUUAUCGCAACAUUUCAUCUUGAUGCAUUUUCAGAUUUCCGUGCCCAAUGAUCACUGGCCGAUGGACUAUUAUUCGAACGAUUCGUUGGGUCCAUGGACCAAUAAUAAUGAGGCGAACAGGCCGAAAAGAGAAAGAAGGAGGCCUCGUGUGGUUAUUAGAUCGGAGGCUUCUUAAACAUUUUGUUGAAGUUCUAGUCUUUUUGUUGAUUUGUUCGAUUUUCAAUUUGGAAAAAAAACUAAAUUCUUUGCUAAAAAAUUUCCAAACUUUUUCUCUUCGUUUCCACGUUCAAUAUCUACACGUUUUUCCCAUUUUCCGCUAAAACUUCAAAACUUUAGAACACCCAGCUCGGCCACAUCCAUGUGUGAGUUUACACGGAUAUCAUUGAUUGAAAAACUUUCGAAUUUUCACAGAUUUCAACGAAGAGAAGGCGAAACCGAUGGGCACUCGUUUUGAGGGCGGUAAACUGGCGAAAAAAGUGCACAAAAGUGUGGAGCAGCUGAAAAGACACGAUCCGGAUGUGGAAGUGUCGAAGGAACCAACUAGAGUACUCUAAUUCUUCUGAAACUGAGCCCAAUUUCCCCGUUUGCAGUUUCUGCUCGUGAGCAACAGCAGCAUUCUCUGCGGCGUUUCCCUCGAAGAGCUCGAAGCGAUCUUCCUUCCUCUCGAUGGACACGCCGAGUUCCUUGUUUACCCGAACAAACGCUCCUACUCGUUCGUCCAGUGCUCUUCCGUCGAAGCGGCAGUCCAUGUCCGCGCGGAGCUCCACGGACUCGUUCCGCCGAUUCUCAAAAGUUCGCAUCAGCCGUUCGUGAUCUCAUUCGUUGAGAAAUGUAAGAGAUACUGUGAGCUGACGAGAAAAUAGCCUGAUUUUUCAGUGCCGGAAGCGAAAAAGUGUGAAGACUUCCGACCGGCCGAUCUAGGAAUCAUUGAGGAUUAUGUGACUGAAGAGCUUGAAAAAGAGCUCGUGAAUCUUCUGACCAAUCAUCCAAAUGGUUUUUUUUCAAUGAAAACGUUAUAAUUUCUUGUGAAUUUUCAGUUCAGUCGCUGAAACAUCGCGCCGUCGUUCAUUUCGGACACGUCUUCGACUACAGCACCAAUUCGGCGUCCGAAUGGAAGGAGGCAGAGCCGAUCCCUCAGCUGAUCGAGCAGAUUGUGGACCGUCUCAUUUCCGAAGGUUACAUGAGAGAGCGGCCGGAUCAGGUGACCGCCAACGUCUACGAACCCGGCCACGGCAUCCCUUCGCAUUAUGACACGCACUCGGCGUUCGAGGAUCCGAUCGUCUCUAUCAGUCUGCUUUCCGACGUUGUCAUGGAGUUCAAGGACGGCGCCAACUCUGCGAGAAUCGCCCCGGUCCUUCUGAAAGCGAGAAGCUUGUGUUUGAUUCAAAGCGAGUCGAGGUAUAGAUGGAAACACGGAAUUGUGAAUCGGAAAUAUGAUGUGGAUCCGCGAACGAAUAGAGUCAUUCCGAGGCAGAAGAGGGUCUCGUUGACGUUGAGAAAGAUCAGAAGGAGGCCGUGCGAAUGUCAGUGGAAAGAGUUUUGCGAUUGGGACAGAAAAGGUGAAAUGAGUGUGCCCUCGAGCGAGGAUCUGGCUCUGAAGCUCGAGAAUUCGUACGUUUCGGAUGUCUACGAGAACAUCGCAUCUCACUUCGACGAGACCCGCCACUCGAGCUGGAAGGCCGUGAAGAAGUUCAUCGACGAGAUCCCACGUGGCAGUCUCCUGUACGACGUCGGGUGCGGCAACGGGAAGUACCUGAUUCCAAAGGACGGACUGCACAAAAUAGGCUGCGACAUGUGCAUGGGACUGUGCGAAAUCGCCCGCAAGAAGGAUUGUCACGUGGCACGAUGCGACGCCCUGGCUCUUCCGUUCCGAACUGCUUCCGCCGAUGCGGCCAUCUCCAUCGCCGUCCUCCAUCACAUCGCCACGUUCGAGAGACGGAAACGGAUGAUUGAGGAACUGCUGAGAGUGGUGAAAACGGGCGGAAAGAUAUGUGUGACAGUGUGGUCGAUGGAUCAGAGCCAGUCGGAAUACGCAAAGAUGCGAGAAAACAAGGAUGAUGUUGUUGUGACGGAAGGAUCGGAAGGCGGACAGUCGGAGAGACUGAAAGUGCACGACGGGAAGGAUUUCGAGCAGCAGGACGUGCUGGUUCCGUGGACGAUCGAUCAGAAAGGAGAAACUUUCCUUCGCUACUACCACGUGUUCCGGGAAGGAGAAGCCGAGCAUUUGGUCGAAAGCGUUGAUGGAUGUGAGAUGAUAAGUGUGGAAAAAGAGCAAGGAAACUACAUUAUCAUUGCGCAGAAGAUCUAA